CUUGUAUCAUGAUCUUUUCUCACCACCAUCGCCUUCUGUUGAUCGUAUGUAAGAUCGAUCCUCAUUUGGAUCCUACAUUGCUGCUGGUCAGCAUUUAUUCGGCUUACUGAUUUGAGCAGAAUCCUGAUCGACUAGCUAUCAUGUCAACUUUCUCUAAGCCAUUACCAGUGCCUCCGCACAAAAUGAUUCCAUGUAUCGAUGGAUCAGAAGAUAUGGAAGAAUUGGAGUUCACACUAAGGGAAGCAGAAGUCAUUGCAUUAUCAAAGCCAAGGCGACCAAGUGAACCUUCCACAUUACCAAACGCAAAAGCAUUUCAAGUUCUAGGAAUAAAUACUCGUUCAACUUUUGAUCAAGAUAGUGAUUCAGACGAAGGUGAGCAAACUGAUCAUUCUUCUUCGUCCAAUCAUCAUGGCACGGUAAGGUCUAAAUCGCCUUCUUUCAUGUCAUCGUUCUCCAAACGAUUGCACAAGAAGUCACCUUCAAUCGGUGGCUCAUCCACCUCAUCCUUCAGAAGAGGGGGCUCCAUUGACGAUCAUGUUGGCUACAGAAGUAGUAUUGAUGAAUUCAGUGGUAGCAGUGUGAGAUCUUCGGAGGAUAGCUCAUUGGGCGGAUUUUUCAGACGGACUUCAAAAGAUCACCCAAAGACAGCUGAACAAGUGCCACCAAGAAGCAGUAGCAUGCAAAAUCAAAUGCAAAACAGCAAUCCCGUCAGAAAGUCCAGCUUGAUCGACACUCGUGCUGCCAUUUCUGCAGGAUGGAUGCGUGGUCCCGCAGCAGAAUGGCCAUACAAACCACGCAAGAAAGGCUCAAGGGCAAAGAAAAUACCUUCUAUCAUACCUCCUUCUCAUAAUCCAUCCAAGUCACUUAUUCCAGCUUCUUCUCCCGCUCUUACGGCUGAAUUUACUGAUCUCUACCGUGAUGAAACGGACUGUGAAGAUGAAGCAGAAUGGGCCAUUACUGUGGAAGAUCGUUCAAAUUCAAUUGAUCAUCAAAUUAUCGAUGAUCGAUUGCCUGGAGCAUUUUCAAACUAUAACCGACUUCCAGAAGAUGUCCGCAAGAGGCAAUUUGCAAGUAAGUCAAGGCAAAAGCAACAUCAAAGGACAUUUUCAACAGAUAAUGAAUCGAAUGCAAGUUUCUCAACAAAGUCCAGUCGAUACAGCACAAAGGCUGAUUUCGAAAGAUUUUCUUCGAGUGGAUCAUCUACCAGUCAUACGAGCGGUGUACCAUCUUUGAUGGGAAGCAGUGAGAAACAUGAUUCACUUGAUUCUUCAUCGAUUUGGUCUUGCACAACAGGCAGAAGUAGCAAGAUGGAAACGAUUGCAACUCCGUUUGAUCUACGGAAAUUUCAUCAAAAUUCACCUCCUUUAUGUCCGCCACCAAAAGAAGCCUUACCGCCCAUUCCCACGGGCGAAAAAGCCUGGCAUCCAAAAAUGGCAACUCCGCCUUUGCUUCAUUCUAUAAGUUCUACACAACGUGCGAGUCCAAAAAGUAGUCGUGAGAGAAGCAAUGGUCGACCUCUUCUUCUCAAAGCAGACAAAGAUCAGGACAUCAAUACAAUACGUAAUGAGAAUGCACAUACGCCCCGCAUACGUCCGAAAGCAAGAGGUGCAAAGAUAGGCGAGGAGUUCUAUUCUGAGGAGCUAAUGAGCACGUUACCAAAGUUGAUCACUACGGACAAUCCACGGCAUGCAAUCAUUGAAUGUGAACAAGAUCAAAAUGAGUCAGAGGGACAUCAUAAGCAGCCUACAUUCGGAAUUCCUCGUCCUGCUCCAUCUCCUCCAGAUGGCAGUGGAGCGGUCGUCAGAACACAUCAACCUGCCGUCCGUAACUUGCCAGCAAUUGUGACAACUAGAGCAUCCACACCUGCAGUGUCAUUGCAAGUGAAUCCGCUUGAAGCAGAACAAAAGGAAGAAGUUGCUUACCCUAAGAAAGAGCAAGAUCGUAUGGAAACUCUGUUCUUGGGUACACAAGAUUCUCCUGACGAGAGAUUGCCAGAGGAAAGAAAAGCAGCAUUUGAAACGGCUGUUAGAAGAUUGGAUGGUACGAUACCUGACCAAGAUGUGACAGAGGAAGGUAUUAACAACUAUUUUGACGGACAGGAGAAGCAAUCGAAAGAGCAUGCCUCCGAUGAAUCAAGCCAAGACCAGGACGAGGAUGAUCUAGCAAAGCAUGCAAAUGAUGUUCCAUCACCGGAUACGGUCGCUCGAAUGGUGGAACAAUUACUGAAAGAAGUACCUUGUUCGCCUUUGGGUAAGACGAUCUCGCAAAUCAUCGAAGAUGAGAAGAUCACCAGCCCUACUGAGCCCGACUUCCCUGCUCGAAGUGAUUCUCCGACUUAUGCUGCCUCAAUUUCAUCUACAAUGACAGAUUCGUCUCUGGUACCCUCUUAUUAUCUGAGAAGUCCAUCUCUGCCUAGUAGCGGCGAAGAAUCUGGGUUUGUGCUUACAUUUGAAGCGGAAGAGACACCAAUUGAGGAAAAAUUGGAAGAGAAUGUCAUCGAAGAGAAGCCUGAGCAGGAAGCAAUUGCAGAACAGGAAGAGGAGCAAAGGCAGGAGGAAGAGAAUAGACGGGGAGAAGCACAAGAGCAGAAGGGCGAAAAUGGAGAAGAAGAUGAUGACAAUAAAGCGUUUCACGAACAAAUUCAUGACUUCUUGCAACCUGAUGAAACGCCAAGUUUUGAAUUCGAUGAAUACAUGAACAAGAAAAAGCCGUGUUCGAUGAUCAGCUUAAAGAGUCCUUUAAUUCCCGAUUUUGAUCGUAGCUCUUCACCCGAAUUGUCAUCAAAAGGCGGAGAGGACGACGAUUCAAAAGAUUCUCUAGCUCAACGUCAUGGUUUCAGUACCCCAUUGCAUCUCAUCAAGGACAAGAUCACCUUUGAUGGUGAUUAUGAUGCUCCUUCUUUGUCUUCUUCUCCCAGUUCUUCUGAAAUAUCCUCUAACAUGGAACAAAUCGCGGAAGAAGAUCGAGCAAUCCGAACAAUGGAAGAUGCUUUGGAUCAGAUUUUAUCUGAUUUGCCACCGAUGUGCUUGAAAACGAUCGAACCACUCUCUCCUUUACGUUUAUUGGACGGAACAAUUCCUUCUGCUCUUAAUACUCCAAAGGUGGACGCUUUCACUCCCAACACUGCAUUGCAACAUACUUUUCCUAAAUCACCCGCUCCAAAAGCUUUGAAUGUUUACAAGACUAAUACUCGAUACUCAACUUCUCUUUCUAGACCAAGACCGAACAAACUACUGGAUCCAACAACGCCCAGAAGUUUGUUCCCCCGUGGUCCAAUCACGCCAAGGUCGCCAAAGCCAAGAAAGGAAGCUCCAUUGCCAAUGGCUGUAAGUCAAGCAACUAUUGAUGAUGCACCGAUGCAACUUGAUAUGGAUUUCGACGCUUCACCAAUGUCAAUGGCAGCAUUCAUUCCGUCAGAUUCUCCGUUCAAGAAACAAGACUUGAUACCUUCUUCACCAUUUCCAACGCCUUUGCCCGAUUGGCCAGAAACACCAGUAGUAAGGGAGAACGAUGAAGAGCAAGCUGGAGUGCAAUCACCUAUACCUUUCUUGCCUCAAUUGUCAAGUGGGCCAAAACGUGCUGAAUUGCCAAGAUCGCCAUUACCAUCUGAGGUUCCUUUACCAAGAUCACCGAAGCCUUCAACGAAGAUGACAUUGGAUUCACUCAAACCACGAGUACAACCUCCAAACUCUACAUUGCAAAUUCCAAGUACGGCCAGAGAGUUGUACAAUCACUCAACACCUCUUUCACCAUUUGCAAAGGAUGUUGCCAUUUCAGCUCCUUGUACGCCAAGAUCACCUCUUUCUCUGCGAGCACUACGGUCUGCCAAACCGAUAGAACAACAUCCAAGUAGCAAGACAGCGCAGAGAACUGAUACGCGAAAGGUCUACCUGGCCGCUUCUCCAUCGAUGAGUAUACAGUCAAACCAGAAUCCUGCCAUGUUUGUACCUUCUUCGAUGCAUCAGGUCAGAAACAUUCCUGCUCCACUGGUCUCCACUCCAAAGACAGACAAGGUUAGCAAUCCUACUUCUCCCACUCAUUCACCCUCCAGUAAAUCUCCACCGCCAAGAACGCCAAAGUCACCCAAACGAUAUUCAAACAAUCAAUGUUCAACACCUUUAACGGCGGCAAAGGCAAAUGUGAUGCAAACGAAGCGAUACGUUUUGCCAAUUUGAUCCAAUGACCGGGAAAAAUUACACAUAAUAUUCAUGAUAGUCACCUUUGUACAUCAGUCUGAUUCGAGAAAUGAUAUAGUCU